AUGCAUGGCCUCAACGACUUGGGAUACUACGACACACAGACUCCUCUGAUGGCGGCCACGAAGUCGCAUCAAGACCCGGCUGUGCUGACCACGCUUGUUGAGCUCCGCGCAGAUCCCAAUGGUCGUGCUAGUAGGACACAGCUGUCGUCCUUAUACAUGUGCCGAUCACCUGGACACGUGAGGGCGCUGCUGGAGCAGAAGGCAGAGCUCGAGCACUCUGCAUUGCACGGUGCAGCAGCUUUAGCAGGUCCAGAUACGCUUCGAGAGCUUCUGAAGCGCCAGUGCGAUCCGAACUAUAUCCUAGCUGGACGACAGGAGCGAUUUGGGCCAUUGCACGCAGUAGCAUUGUUUUCGCUGAGCAAUCGGCAUGCCGUGGAGGCUGCCAGACUUCUACUGGAGCAUCGUGCAGACGUCAACUCGCGCUCCGCUCCAUCGGACGACUUCUUGUGGGAAUGCCGGAAGGCCCGUAUGCGGGUGGCGGUUCUUGGGUUUGCCAACUGCAACAUGAUGACUCGCCUGCGGGCCUCUAUGUCUGGGAUCAGCCCACUGGGCUACGCAGCCUUGGUCGGCCAUGGGCAGCUGGCGCAGCUCUUCCUCGACUACGGAGCCGAUCCGACUCCGAACGACCACGGGGACACGCCGGAAGACCUGGCGCGCAGGAGCCACCACUACCACCUGAUCCCGAUGCUUGCGACCUUUGCCACCUGA